AUGGCGCAGAACUCACAGGUGAAACCCAUUUCAAAAACGACCCCGGAACUGUUGACCAAUGGUUCUGUUUCCCUUCCGAGGAAGGACAGCUUUGUGUCUGGAGUGAAGAUUUUCUAUGCUUCCCAGACUGGUAUGGCCAAGGUCGGCAAGAAUGUUGAUCGGUGGCUGUGGAUGCUCAGCGCUCAUCGUGUGCUGUCUCGAGGGCAGGGUGACUGCAAUGUGGCUCAAAGCAAACAUGGCAGCAUUGAAGCCGACUUCCGAGCAUGGAAGACCAAGUUCAUCUCCCGGCUGCGUGCACUUCGUAAGGGAGACAAGAAGUCCUGUGGUGGCAACUGCAAGAAAGGCAAAUGCAAAUCCACACAGCAUGGCUCGCUGGAAGCAGAGCUGGGGUCCAGCUCUCAGGAUGACACGCGUCACAGAGACACUGAGGAGGAAGAGCCCUGUGAGAGCAGCAGUGAGGAGGAGUUUGGUCCUGAGGACCAUCCAGGUUUCAAUUCUGUUGUUGAUGUUGAGGAUCUUGGCAAUAUCAUGGAUCGUGUGAAGAAAGAAAAGAGAGAAGAGGAGCAGCAGGAAGAGAAUGCUGGUCUGGUGAAGAGCACAGGGGAAAAUGAAGAUGGGAAAAGAAGAGCUAUGAUCACUCCUGCUCUGCGCGAAGCUCUUACUAAGCAAGAAACAAGAUUCACAGAAUUGACCCAGUGCGAUGGGCUAGCAGCUAAAGUCCUUGUUUUGGACAUGCCGGGAUCCCAUACGGGCGCUGGUUCGUAUCCCAGCAUCCCCACUUCUGAUUCAGCUCACUGCUUAUAGCUUGGGAAAGCAGUGGA